UUUGUAAAGGAGACGCCAUUUUGCAAGCGUCACUUGGCGGCGUGUCGGGUUUCGGCAUUUUUGUUAAACUUACCCGAAAGCGUACCAUAAUAUUGUUGUGUAUUUGUGUAAUAUGUCGUAUCAGUCUAGUGUAGCGCAGGAUUCACUAUCUUCUGCGCAACUAGAAAUGGCCGGUAACCCCAAUGCUUUGGCUCUUCGUCGGCCAUUCGACCCUGUGGCCCACGACUUGGAAGCUAGUUUUCGCUUGACGCGAUUCGCCGACCUCAAAGGAAGGAGUUGUAAAGUGCCCCAAGAUGUUCUCUCCAAGCUCGUGGAGUCACUGCAGCAGGACUAUUCCCAGCAGGAUCAAGAUCAAUUUAUGCAUGUGGCUAUCCCGCGCAUUGGUAUCGGUUUGGACUGUUCGGUAACGCCGCUGAGACACGGAGGCCUUUGUUUGGUACAAACCACUGACUUUUUCUAUCCUUUAGUUGACGAUCCCUACAUGAUGGGCAAGAUUGCGUGUGCAAACGUACUUAGCGACUUAUAUGCUAUGGGUGUGACUGAAUGUGACAAUAUGUUGAUGCUUCUCGGAGUAUCCACCAAGAUGACUGAAAAAGAGCGAGACGUAGUUAUUCCUCUCAUUAUGCGAGGAUUUAAAGAUUCAGCACUUGAAGCAGGUACAUCUGUGACUGGUGGCCAAACUGUGAUCAACCCCUGGUGCACCAUCGGUGGGGUGGCUACGACAAUUUGCCAACCGAACGAAUAUAUUGUGCCUGAUAACGCAGUUAUGGGUGAUGUUUUAGUUCUAACGAAACCUCUUGGCACCCAAGUUGCAGUAAAUGCUCACCAGUGGCUAGACCAGCCUGAGCGAUGGAAUAGAAUUAAAUUGGUAGUGUCAGAAGAAGAUGUAAGAAGAGCUUAUCACCGAGCCAUGGACUCUAUGAGUAGACUCAACCGGAUUGCAGCGCGACUUAUGCAUAAAUAUAAUGCUCAUGGGUCAACUGAUGUAACUGGAUUUGGUCUUCUUGGGCACGCACAGAAUCUGGCGUCACACCAAAAGAAUGAGGUGUCAUUUGUUAUCCAUAAUUUGCCAGUGAUUGCCAAAAUGGCAGCUGUUGCAAAGGCCUGUGGCAAUAUGUUUCAGCUGUUACAGGGCCAUGCACCAGAGACUUCUGGAGGACUCUUAAUCUGCUUGCCCCGAGAGCAGGCAGCUGCAUACUGCAAAGACAUUGAGAAGCAGGAGGGCUACCAAGCCUGGAUCAUUGGUAUUGUUGAAAAGGGCAACCGCACUGCUCGUAUUAUUGAUAAGCCCCGAGUCAUUGAAGUGCCUGCAAAAGAUUAAAUUGUUCAUAAUAAUCAAGACAUUUUAUAAAAAUGUUAGUCUAAAAUUAAUUCAGAGCUGGAUAAAUCUUAAAUUUUAUUUUAUCAAGAUAAUGGCAUUAGCAUUUCUUUUUUAAUUUUAAACUUUUUAAAUACUUGCAAAUCACAUAAAGCUAGAUAGGAAUUUUAUUUAAUCUUGGUUUACUCUUUGAUUGUUUUAUUAUAAAUGGCAUAAUCUAACUAUACAAGAAUGAAUUAAAUUUUAAUGCAUAAGCAUGUAACAUGUCAAAGAUUCAUCUUCUAGCUAAGAAAUGUUCCAAUACUUUGCUUAGGCCUCCUCUUGUGUGAGGGCUUAAAGAGCAUAGACCCACCAUGCUUUGCAGGUCAGUUGUAUGCUGUGUUAUAUGCUGUUCAUUACCGUCAAACUCUUAGUGAAUUAUCAUAUGUUAUUGGACAUGUCAUUGAGUAAACCAUUAUUAAAGGCAUAUUGAUGUGAUAUGGGUAUAUAUGUGUGCCAGCAACAGACAAUAUUGAAUAUGUAUAAUUAUACCUUUUUGCCAAGCACACUUUAAAUUAGGUUGUCCCUGAAGUUAUACUCCUAUCAUAUGCAUGACUAAUGACAUCUCAUUCUAGCAUAUGGUGAUUUAGAUAUUUAGGUAAAAUAUCACUAUUAACUUUUAAGUGAAAAAGAUUCCAUUAGGUUCCCUUGAAAUCUAACAUGCAGCUUGUGGAUCCAUUCUGCAAAUUGUGAAAUAAGUAUAAUUGAUUAGAAUAAAAUUAUUUUUCAUUCUAAA